AUGAUAUCCAUUGAUUUCACUAUAUCUAUUAAUAUGAUGAUAUCCAUUGAUAUCACUACAUCUAUUAAUAUAACGAUAUCCAUUGAUAUCACCAUAUCUAUUAACAUGAUGAUAUACAUUGAUAUCACCAUAUCUGUUAACAUGAUGAUAUACAUUGAUUUCACCAUAUCUAUUAAUCUGACGAUAUCCAUUGACAUCAGCAUAUCUAUUAAUAUUUCGAUAUCAAUUGAUUUCACCAUAUCUAUUAAUAUUUCGAUAUCAAUUGAUUUCACCAUAUCUAUUAACAUGACGAUAUCCAUUGAUUUCACCAUAUCGAUUAAUAUGACAAUAUCCAGAUAUAUCACCAUAUCUAUUAAUAUGAUGAUAUCCAUUGAUAUCAUCAUAUCUAUUAACAUGACGAUAUCCAUUGAUAUCACCGUAUCUAUUAACAUGACAAUAUCCAUUGAUUUCACCAUAUCUAUUAAUAUGAUGAUAUCUAUUAAUAUCACCAUAUCUAUUAAUAUGACGAUAUCCAUUGAUAUCACCAGAUUUAUUAAUAUCACCAGAUUUCUCAAUAUUACCUUGUCUACGAAUAUCAAAAUAUCAAUUAAUAUUAUAUGUGCCAAAAAUAAUUGUUGA